CUUAUUAAUUUGUUUUCUUUUAUUAUUUCGAUUGAUCUAUUGGUUGAUCGUUUUGUUUUGUUUUUCCUUCUUCUCUUCUGUGUGUUUUAUUGGUAAUUUAUUUUAUUCUACUUUUGAUAGAGUUUUAUAUGUAACGAUUCCUUGAAAUGGAGAGAAGACCCGAUUUGGUUUUAGAUGCUGAACCCUCGGAAAAAUGGUCAAUCUAUUCUAGUUCUCAAAAUUUGGCCUCAGUAUUAAACGAUCCGUCACUACCUCGAGCUGACAUAUUGACAAAGGACUGGGGUGCAAAAUUCAUUGAAAGCCCACCGAUUGUACCUCUCUAUCCACCGCCAACACCUAAUGAUCUUGCUCUCAUUGAGACUUACCGUAAACGUGUUCACCGGCGUGAAGAGAAAUUAGCUGCCAUUAAGCGAUCAUCAAUUUCAUCCGAUAAUUUAACAGAUUUUGGUGCUUCUUCCAAAUCAAAGGAUAUUCAUGAUAUUGUGCCUCGACUUUUCUUACGUUCAGAUUUUAGCCUGGAAAAUGUGAAUACAUUUACCUCUCUUCUAUCUGAUUCUAAAAGUGUCAACUGUUUAACUGGUAAUAAUUUGUCCUCAUCACCAGAUUCAUUUAAAGAGUCAAUUAAACAAAUAUCACGUAAUUUAACUGAUUAUUUGGAUGUUGUUGAAGAAAAUUUAUCCCAUCAAAUAUCACUCAGAUUUCGAGAAUUUUUUCACAUCAUGAAUGCAAUUGAUUCAGUCAUGGAAAAUUUAUCUAAAACAAUCAAACAAGUAACUUUGCUACGUGGUAAAUGUCAACAAUUGGAAGCUACUUUUGUCAAACCCAAUCUAGAAAAUAUUAGAUUACACUGGGCUCGUCAAAAUGCUCUUAAAGUUCUGGACAAGAUGCAAUUAAUGUCAACAAUUAAUCAAACUCAACCUACCAUACAAUUAUUACUUUCCAAUUCUGAUUUUGCUGGUUCACUUGAUCUCAUCUCAACCACUCAGGAUGUUUUCCUUCAAGAGCUAUUGGGUCUCCAUUGUUUUCGUCACCUCGAAUCUCAGCUUAAUGAGAUACGUGAGAUUAUCUCUAAAAUGAUGAAAGAAGAAUUCAUCAAGUUUAUCGACGCCUUUUGUAAUCAACCAGUUGACCCUUCGAUUGGACCCAUUUCCAUGGAUAAUUUAACUAUAAACAAAAAGAAUCAAAUCCCAGGUUCAGACAGAUUGGAAGCUCUUGUCAUGGGAAUGUUAAAAAAUCAUUGUUUCAGUUUUAUCGAUGAUUUUAACAAAGAGGCUCGAAUGGCCAUUAAAGCUUUCGUCAAGCAAACGGUCAUUGAAAUGUUAUCCCAAGAAGAUGAUAUUGACAUUGAUGGUAAAGAGGAGAUGAGCUUAUUUGAGAGACUACGAUCAAUUGAUCCAUCGAAAUGGCUUAAAUUAUUGUCCAUUGUUUUCGUAAAUCUUAAUUUGUUACUUGAUCGCAUGGAAUUGAUUCAAGUAUUAAUGUUACGUGUUGUCCAAGAAGCUUCUGAAAAACGCAACGAGGAUACGAGUAAAAAUCAAGAACAAUCUAAUCACAUAUUAGCAGAUAAAGAUUACAACAAAUUAAGUAUAACAAUUAAGGAAUCAUUGGUGGCAAUUUGUGAUGAUGCUCAUCUUGCAUCCAAAGAUUUGAUUCGCUAUAAAGCAAAUGAUGGAUCAUUGGAUAAAUUGACUUCAGCUGAAUUUCUUGAAUUAUCCAAAUCGAUAGAUAAAUUUACCAGUGAAUGUGAGACUCGAUGUGGUAGACGAAGUGACAUUUUGGAAUCUGUUCUCAAAAAUCAAGCUUUCCGAUUUACGACCCGAUUUCAUGAUGAAAGGAAACGAAAAUUAAAUUCGGUAUUAACAGUUGAACAAUGGAAAUCAUUAGAUCCAAUUCCAGUUGAAUUACAAGAGAUGAUUAAUCAAUUUAGUGAAGAAAGACUUGGUUCUCGUAAUCCAAGGAAGACAGAGACAAAAGACGAAUCAACAUCAGAAUCUAAUCAAUUACCAUCAUCUUCAUCACAAUCAUCAGUUUCAUCAACAAAAUCGACCACAUCAUCAGUCAAAACAACAACAACAACAACAUCAUCAUCAGCAUCUAAAAGUUACGUUACUCUUAAUGAUGAAAAUUAUGUUGUCGUGAGCUCGAUGAAAACUCUGAUCUCCAUGAUUCUAGAAUAUUGUCAAUGUUGUAAUGAAAUACCUUCACUUACCAGUGAACUAUUGGCACGUUUAUUGGAUUUAAUUAGCCACUUUAAUACACGUACUUGUCAUCUAGUCUUGGAAGGAGGUGCAGCUAAUGAAGCUGGAUUGAAAAGUAUCAAUGUUCGUAAUCUGUUUCUCUCUCAACGUUGUCUUCAAUUGGUAAUCUCAUUGUUGCCUUACCUUUCAUCUCAUUUCUGUGAUUUAAUGCCAACCAAAAAUCGUUCAACAAUCAAAAGCUUUGAGGAUAUUGAACGAGGGUACACUGAACAUGUACAAAAAAUACCCGAAAAGGUCAUUUCUCUGGUCAAAGAUUUUAUGAUCUUCCAUCUAUCCAAAUGGGAGGCUAAACCGCCGGUUCCCUCGCAACCUUUUCAAACAAUUUCUCAACAUUUAAUGAGACUUCAUGAAAACAUUCAAGAUGUCAUUCCAAUCGGUGAUUUAUCCAAUUUUUUCAUUAGAUUACAUGAACUAUUCAAAGAAGUCUUAAGAUCACAAUUAACUCGUCUUAAGAUCGCCAAUGAUGGUGGCCCACAACACGGGUUAGUGACCCAAGAAUUAACUUUCUAUGUGAUAAAUUUAAACAAUCUUAGUAUUGGGAAAAAAUUAAAAUUUUCUAUUGAUGAUUUAUGGUCGAAAAUUAGUUGAAACAAUACAAAAUUGUAUCACCUUAUAUUAUAUGAAAAAAAUAAAAUUCACAACUUUCGACGAAC